AUGAUACCAAACGCCCGGGAAAAGCCCGUAAGGGUGGGCAAAGUCGAGUUCGGUGGCUAUCGUUUACCUCAACCUCAUGAACUUCCACCGCUCCAAAAUCACCAGAAUCACUCCAUCGAUAAGGGACUAAGGAAAGUGAGAUUGACGCCAGUACAGCUGCGGUCAAUGAAUUUUGCAGAAAUGGAAAAUGGAAAAACCGAUGAGAAAUCCACCAUCGUCGUUCCCCGCCUAGCUCUCCGUGGGCCAACACCUGAUCCGGACCUCAUCCAACUGGUGCCGACACCGCCUCCAUCAGAUAGGGAGGAACGAAUUGUAACUGAAGAAGUUGGAACACAGACGGAUGAUAAUUUCGAUACGGACAAUGACCAAAUCAUCGAGGUACUAGCCAACUCUGCUAUUAGGACAGCUUCUGCGGAACUUGAAGUCGAACUUUUACGGAAGGAACUUUCUGAGGAACGGCGGAUGCAGGAGGAACGCGAUUUGAGCAGAUCAUUAGCGAUUGAAACAUGCAAUGAGGUGAUGCUAUCGUCAAUCGAACACUUAAAUGAGUUGCAAGCUCCUCCAGACACAAAAAGUGUAGGAGUGGAUACGAAGGCAUUUACCAGACGGUUGAGGAACUUGGAUCUUCUCACAGUUGAGCUCGAGCAAGACUUCUUCCCAUGGCUAUUCGCAAAAGCAGAUCGAAUGUUCAGCCGAAAGAUGACGUCGAGACUACUCGAUGAGGACGCGAUAGAUUCUGAUGAUCGGAUAGGCUCAUUCGGCCGUCAAGUGUCCAACUGCCUAGUGCUAAUCAGAAGAGACAACAUUGCACGCAGCGAGAAAUUGUCUACGCUUUGA